AUGGGGCUAGUCGAGUUGAGUCCCAAUGUGCACCAUGUCACCACAGAGAACACUGGAGAGUUCAGCGCACGGAUCCUCACACAAUACCAAGAUAUCUUCAGUGAAGAGCUCGGAGAACUACCAGUUGUUUACACAAUGACAGUGUACCCCAAUGUGCCGUCUGUUGUAAGGCCGGCCCACCGCAUCCCCGUAGCGAUGCAAGAUUGUGUGAAAGCUGAACUUGAACGCAUGGAACGCAUAGGCGUUAUUACUUCAGUCACCGAACCAACAGAUUGGGUGUCAUCCAUGGUCGCUGCGCACAAGAAAGGCAAAUCAGAAAUCAGAUUAUGCAUCAACCCCAAAGAUUUAAAUGAAGCACUAAAACAGCCCCACCACCCCAUGAGAAGUGUGGAGGAGGUAGCAGCACAAAUGUCAGGUGCAACAGUGUUUUCGGUGCUAGACGCAAAAAAUUCAUUCUGGCAGAUCCGCCUGGACAAGAAGUCCUCAAUGAAGACAACAUUCAGUACUCCUUUUGGACGUUACAGAUUCCUUCGCAUGCCUUUCGGUAUUAACUCUGCAAGCGAGGUAUUCCAGCGCACAAUGGAUCAACUCUUUGCUGGAUAUCCAUGCUCAGUCAUUGUCGAUGACAUCAUCAUCGGAGGUCGUGAUGUGGCGGAGCACGACGCCAACCUAAAAAAAGUGCUUGAACGUGUGAAGGAAAUAAACCUCAAACUCAACCCGCAGAAAUGCAAGUUUCGACUUGACCAAGUAUGCUACGUUGGUCAUAUCUUCACAAGUAAAGGAUUGAAAGCUGACCCCUCCAAAACUGCUGCUAUCACGGAGAUGCCAGUCCCCACAGAUGUCACUUCACUUCAACGUUUCCUGGGAAUGGUCAACUAUCUUGGCAAGUACAUUCCAAACCUCAGUGACAUCGCAACGCCACUGAGGAAGCUGACUCACAAAGAGACGGCAUGGUGCUGGUUCCAGCAACAUCAAGAUGCUUUCGACCGCCUGAAAGCAUGUCUCUCCUUUCCACCAGUAUUGGCCUACUACGAUGUCAAAGAGCCAGUCACGCUGACCUGUGACGCGUCAUGUUUUGGACUAGGAGCUGCUUGCAUGCAAAAUGGAAGGCCAGUAGCCUUUGCAUCCCGCACCCUUACAGAAACAGAAACUCGAUACGCUCAAAUUGAGAAGGAGCUUCUAGCUGUUGUGUUUGCGUGCACCAAGUUCAGAGAGUAUGUGUAUGGCAAGCCCACCAUAGUAGAAACUGACCACCAACCGUUGGUGACUAUCUUGAAGAAACCAAUUCACAAUGCCCCUGCCCGUCUUCAGCGGAUACUGCUACGCCUGCAAAGCUAUGACAUAAGCUUAGUCUACAAAAAAGGAAAGCACAUGUACAUAGCUGACACUCUUUCAAGAGCCCCUAAUGCGACAGACAGUGAGAGCCCAUCUGAUAGUGGUUCUUUCGACGUCAUGUCGGUGAGCUACAUUUCUACGGCCCGCCUGGAAGAGCUCAAGAAACACACGGAGGAGGAUGAAGUACUGCAGACUCUCAAUACAGUUAUCCAGCGUGGAUGGCCUGCCAGACAGACUCAGCUGCAGCCUGCAAUUGAAGUUUUCUUCCCCUACAGAGACGAACUCACUGUGGAAGAUGGAAUCGUCAUAAAAGGGCAGAAAGCAGUUAUUCCCCGGUCACUACAAAAAGAGUACAUUAAGAUUGUACAUAAAGGUCACCCAGGCAUUGAAGCAACCAAACGCAGAGCAAGAGGUAUCAUCUUUUGGCCAUCAAUGUCACGAGACAUCACUGAAGAACUACUUUCUUGCACAGUGUGCAACAGCACAAAACCACAUCAACAGAAAGAACCGCUCCAUCUCCAUCCAGUUCCAGACCUUCCCUGGUCCACAGUUGCUACAGACAUUUUUGAAUGGCGUGGACAACACUACCAGGUGCUAGUGGAUUCCUAUUCUGGAUGGUUUGAAAUUGACCUUCUACAAAACAUCACAGCGACAGCUGUAAUUUCCAAAUUGAAAAGACAUUUUUCAGUGCAUGGUACACCACACACACUGCUAUCUGACAAUGCAAGACAGUACAAGUGUGAACAAUUCAGGAAGUUUGCUGAGGAGUGGGACUUCAUCCACACCACUAGCAGCCCAGAGUUUCCCCAGUCGAAUGGACUUGCGGAAAGAGCUGUCAGGAGUGCCAAGCAACUGAUGGAGAAAUCCCACCGGGACAAAACUGAUGUCUUCCUAAACCUCCUUAACCUCAGAAACAUUCCCCGAGAUGCGGACAUUGGUUCCCCUGCCGAACGGUUAAUGUCAAGACAAACGUGCGCAGCUAUCCCAGUGUGUACCAGACUACUACAGCCAACAGCAAAAGACUCAAGACAAGUACACGCUCGACUAGUCGACAAGAGAACUAUGGUGAAACGUCACUACGACAAGUUAAGUCGCCCACUGAGUCCCUUGGCAGAAGGGCAAGUGAUCCGUAUGCAAACUCCUGCUGGACAUGACCGACUUGGAAUAGUGGAAAAGUUGUGCGAAGAGCCACGUUCCUACAUCAUCCAAUCCGAUGGGAGAAGAUACAGAAGGAAUCGUCGCCACAUCCUCCCGGUUCAAGAACGACCACCAACACCUCUCCAGAACGACGAAGCAGACUCUCAGGAUGGUAGACAUACCGUGGUGGACUUAGUCCCUCCCACACCCCUGAGAGAAGAGACAGUGAUUAGGCAAACGGAAAGUGCAUCACCAAUUCGACCCAGAUUCAUGACGCAGACUGACACAGCUUAUACAACACGUGCAGGUCGAGUGUGUAGACCCAAUCCAAAAUAUGUGCAGUAA